AUGGUUGUAAUGGAAGUGUGCGUGGACUGUGUAGAAUCUGCUGUAAAUGCAGCGGCAGGUGGUGCUAACCGAAUCGAGCUUUGCAGUGCAUUGAGUGAAGGUGGCCUCACUCCCACCCGCGGACUAUUGGAAAUUGUAAAAUCAUAUGUGUCUAUUCCUGUGUUCGCUAUGUUGCGACCUCGCGCAGGCAGCGAUUUUAUGUACAGCCGAUUGGAAGUUGAAGUAAUGAAGAAGGAUGCUAAACUGCUCAUCGAUGCCGGAGCCGAUGGGUUCGUUUUUGGCGCGCUGGACGAAAGUGGAAGAAUUGACGAAGAUGUAUGUAGAGAGUUGUUAAAUUUAGUUUCCCCUUUGCCGGUGACAUUUCAUAGAGCUUUUGAUGUACUUUUAGAUCCAUUAGAAGGCUUAGAAACAUUAGUAAGGUUAGGUUUUACGCGUAUCUUGACUAGCGGCCAAGAAACGAGUGCCGAGAAAGGAGUUGGGUUAAUUAAGAGUUUGAUUUCGAAAUCUGGAAAUAGGAUAAAGAUUAUGCCGGGAGCGGGAAUUACUGAAAAUAAUCUCGCUAACAUACUUAAUGCUACAGGAGCUAUUGAAUUCCAUGCAUCAGCAAGGCGACCUAAAAAACUGUCUGUUAAUCGUGUAGAUGCCAAAUGUCAAAUGGGUUCUGUGGAUGAUUGUGUUCUUCUAAUCACUUGUGAAAAAUUAGUUAAAGAGAUGGUAAGAAUUGCGAAUUGUGAUUAG